UUGAGAAAGAGUUAUUGAUGUUUACCUUAAAAACUCAAAGGUUAUAAACACAAAGGCAAGGACAGAUUGAAAGGUUUAGGAUUUCUAGGAUUGCACUGUAGCGUAGGUCAUAGUUUUAUCGUGUCUCUUGAAUCUUGAAUAUCUACACCAGGGAAUAAUUAACUGGUACGUUACAGUACAGGUUUAGUACACCGUUUAACUAGCCCUCACAGCCGAAAUAAAACCAGAUUUUAAACUCAAGAAGUGAAUAGUAAAAUAUUCAAUUAAACAAACGUCUUAGUUGUAUUAGGAGUCGGGACUCAUGUAAGGAAAAAUAAAUAUAAUGUCCUUGUGUGGCUUGUGGCUAAAGGGAAAACGUUUUGUUUGACAUCUGUUUGCCUUUACAAGAGAUUAUCUAGUCUGGCCGUUUUCUGUUCUUUGGGCCUGACAGGAGGACAUACAAUACACCGAGUGGAACUAAGGAGGAUAUUAUCAUUAUCAUUAGAUACGUCUAAAUCUCUAUUUUAUUAUGCCAGUUACAGAUCAAGCGUUUGUGACUCUUGCAACCAGUGAUGUGUACUUUCAGGGAGCCCUGGUUCUUGGCCAUUCACUCCGACAUCACAGGACUUCCCGGCAGCUGGUCAUUUUAACAACACCCCAGGUCUCCAGCUUCAUGAGGGUGGUCCUCAGGUGCGUGUUUGAUGAGGUCAUUGAGGUGAAGGGGAUAGACAGCAGAGACGCUGCACACCUGGCCCUGAUGAAGCGUCCUGAGCUUGGUAUAACCUUCACCAAACUCCAUUGCUGGGCGCUAAUCAAGUACACCAAAUGUGUCUUUCUAGAUGCCGACACCCUGGUGCUGUGUAAUGUGGAUGAAUUGUUUGAUAGGGAAGAGAUCUCAGCAGCUCCUGAUCCUGGUUGGCCAGACUGCUUUAACACUGGGGUAUUUGUAUUCCGGCCUUCUUUGCAAACAUACAACAGAUUAUUUCAGUUUGCAGUGGAGCAUGGCAGCUUUGAUGGAGGAGACCAGGGCCUCUUAAAUUCUUUCUUCAGUGACUGGGCAGUACACGAUAUUGACAAACACUUACCUUUCAUCUACAAUCUGAGCAGCAGUAUUGUAUACACCUACCUACCAGCUUUUAGGCGUUUUGGUCAUGAAGCAAAAAUAGUUCAUUUCCUUGGUCCAGUAAAGCCUUGGCAUUAUAAGUAUAACCCACAGACCAGGAGUGUUUUUCAAGAGCUUGGAUCUCCAUCAGGACAUCACCACAUCCAUUUUUUGAACCUCUGGUGGGAUCUGUACAAUACCCAAAUCCUUCCCUUAGUGAUGAAACAUAACGACACCUGGGGAUCCAGAGACCUCCAGCAGCAUAAGCAUCAAGUAGGACGUGUUGAAGUCACAGUGAAACCUGCUUCUAAAGAUUUAGACAAGUCAUCUGCACAACAGCUAGAGUCAUCUAAACGUGAGAUACCAGCAAUGGAAACUUUUGAACAUAAAAAGGAACCUCACAGUUCAGAUUCCAAUCCUCCUGAGCCAGAAAUUUUUCUGCAAUCACCGCCCAGACCUGCCAAAGUAUUUAAGGAAGAAAUGCAGUUGAUAGAUAUCGAGGAGUCCUCCUGUUCAGAUGACAGAGUUCCGGAACCUUCACCUCAACCUAGUCCUGAUGUAGAACUGCAGUUGAUAAAUAUCGAGGAAUCCCCCAGUUUUGAUGACAGCGUUCCAGAGUCUGAGAUCCAGAUGCCUUCACCACAACCCAGUCCUGAUGUGGAACAGCUAGAUCUUACCGCCUCUGUGUCUGAGCUCUCAAUUGGUACCGAAGCAGAGCCAUAUGACCCAGAGGGAAGGCAAAAGUGGGAGCAAGGACACAUGGACUACAUGGGAAAAGACUCUUUUGAAAACAUUAAGAAGAAAUUGGAUAGAUUUCUUGAAUAGCCUGUUUUCAGUAUACCUAAUGCAUGGGAAACUGGACAACAGAAGAACUAACCCUUAGAGUCUGAUAUGAGUUUCUGGCUUAACAUUGUUUUCUUUUUCUAGAGACUUGGAUAGAAUUAAGAUUUGAUUUUCCCUUUUAGAAAAGCAUUAGAAUUAAUUGUCAUUACAGUAUUUGACAAGCCAUGAUCACUGUCUUUAUUAACAACAUUACUGAUUUCCCUCGGGUUUGAACUGCAGCUUGUGAAGAUUCCAGGAAGCAGCAGCGACUUUUUAUUAAUAACCUGUAUAUUUCAAACUAAAAUAAAAGUACAAUAAAAAAUGACAUUCAA